UAAUAUUCGAGAGACGCUGGAAUUGAAGACCGGAGGAGACUUGAAUCAUCGCGGGAUCAUCGCGGGAAUCAGUUGAUUGCAGAGAGAGAGAGAGAAUCGGAGAGAGCCAAAAAGCCAGAGCGCACAAGCAGAGAAGCGGAAAGUACGAGUAGCAGCCGGGACCGCUACCCAAAGCUUACGUACCUGCCUCUCUCUCACCGGUUUUAAGCUUCUUUUUUCCUUAUCGAUUCCCACACUCGUCGACGCCAUCUUUUCCUUCUCGCUCUUCCAUUCUCUUAUUUCUCCCAUUUCGUGCUCUUUUCCGCUUAUUCGCCUUUCGUCUUCCUUUUACUUCCUCUCCCUCUUACUCUUGCUCUCCCUCUUGCUCCACUUUUACCAGCAACUACACCAUGGGCAAGCCAGACUUCCUCCCUCCUCCGUCUCCGGCUGCCGGCCCUGCAUCGCCCUUGGCCGAAGGCGCCGCCUCCAUCUCGCUCAGCACAACGUCGAAUACCUUUUCCCCCGCGAAUCUCGGCAACCAUCGCCAGACGUACUUUGACGAUGAUCCUACCGAGCUCGCCACCGACGACCUGCCCCCUCUGUAUGACGAGCACGAGAACGAUGCCGUGCCUUUCAUCGACCCUCUUGCUCCUACUGGACCUGCCGCCAGCAUCCUAAACCUCGAGCCCUUCAAGCGUGACCCUCGCUCGGACACCGUCUAUUAUCUGGAUUCCCGCCUCGACUCUGAUCCCAAGUAUCUCAACGAUGCCCUCGUCCACCUGUCCCAGCUGCCUCCUCGACCAUUUGCUCAGAUCCGCGGCACACACACUGAGACUCGCCGCAAGUCUGAUGACAAGACGGAGCAGGUCACCGUGGUUGACUUUGACAUUGAGAUUGAGCUCACACACUUGCUCUACCACAAUAUCCGGGACCCUACAAACGGGGCCUGGCGACAGCUCCACAGCGUUGGCAACCUGGAAAAGGUUCGCCGAGGUACUGUCUUCACAACUCGCGCACCUGGCUUCGGUGGCAGCGGUGGUGCCAUCGAAAGCGGCGAGCCUACCGUCGAGGAAUGGUGCCACCGCUUCUGUGCCAGCCGUGCCGGCCUCAAGAACAUGGCCUUUGAGCGCCGUGUUACCGGCUGGGACUGGGAUUAUCUGAAGAAGCAGCUGGAACGCCUGGUUCACGACACCAACUAUCGUGGCCACACCAGCAUUACUUUCCCAGUGCGGAACUCGCGUGUGGAGAUUUACAAUGCCUGUCGUGUCAACCAGAUGCGCCUGACCAAGUGGAUCGAGGUCAUGUUUAUGCUUACGCUCAUGUUCCUCAUCGCCUGGCCGUAUCUAUUCUUCCGCACCAAGCGUUGGGAGACAGUAUAUGCCGAAUGGUCCAUGAGCCGUGAUGAGCCGGAUGGCACUGGCUGCGUGGAGCGUCGCUACGCUUCCAUGAGCGAGGCUCAGUGGUAUCAGAUGUGGGCGAGAGCUAUCCAGAAGGCCGUCUUGGAACGCAGACAGGGCCACCUUGACCAGGGAGACGUGGAGAGGGCCGACCAGCCAGCUGACCAAGCUGGUGGCUUUGCUGGUAUGGUUCAGGCUGGUGUAGAGGCUAUGGGUGUGGUCAACAGGUCGUUUGGAUGGGGAGGUGACAGCGGCAGCCAGCCCCGGCGCUUCAAGUUUGGCAGACGGUGAAUGAUUUGCAUGUUGAGCUCUGUGGUAAAGAACAAGGCGAUGGAAACGGUGCGAAUUUAGAUGGGCUGGAGAUGCGCAUUUCAUUGGAUAAAGCGCUCCUUACUUCCCUCAACACUUUAAAAAGACUUGUUUGGUGGAGGAGUUUUUGGAGUUACAGGGUAGCAUUUGAUGGGUUUUCCUUUUUGUAGGUGAGGCGGGUUGAGCCAUUCCUAUGUACGAUCUUUAGCAUGUCUAUUCCUUAUUGGCUAUUGCAUAUAUACUGGACACGAUAUGAAUUUAUAUAUUCGUUUG